UCGGGAAGCUGGUAUUUAACCAAGACAACUCGAUAACUACAUAUUUUUGUGCGAAGGUCCGUCACACCUCCCAGGGAAACCUUUGAGAGGCUCAAUUGUUGAAGGAGAAUGUCUGGAGAGGCAACCCAUCAUAUGACUGUGCAUGGAUCGCCGACAAAAUACGUUAAAUUGAAUGUCGGAGGGUCUCUCCAUUACACGACUAUCGGAACACUCACCAAGCAAGACAGCAUGUUGAGAGCCAUGUUUAGUGGUAGACUGGAGGUUUUGACAGAUACUGAAGGCUGGAUUCUUAUUGAUCGCUGUGGAAAACAUUUUUCUCUUAUCCUAAACUUCUUGCGCGAUGGAACUGUACCAUUACCACAAAAUGAAGUAGAGUUGCAAGAAAUCUUGAUUGAGGCCAAGUAUUACUUGAUUGAGCAACUAGUUGAACAGUGUGAAAAAGCACUUGAAAAGAAAAAGGAAGAACAUGACCCUAUCUGCCGUGUUCCACUCAUAACCUCAUCCAAAGAGGAAAGACAACUUGUCACUGGUAAAAAGCCUGUGGUGAAGCUGUCAUAUAACAGAUCAAAUAACAAAUAUUCGUAUACUGGUCAAUCAGAUGAUAACUUGCUGAAAAAUAUUGAACUCUUCGACAAGCUGUCGCUUCGAUUCAAUGGACGAAUUCUAUUUAUCAAGGACUUGAUCGGAAACAGCGAAAUCUGCUGUUGGACAUUCUACGGAAACGGGAAAAAGCUUGCUGAGGUGUGCUGCACGUCAAUUGUCUAUGCCACAGAAAAACCGCAGACAAAAGUCGAGUUUCCGGACUCAAGAAUUUACGAGGAGUCCCUGAACGUUCUUUUGUACGAGCAUAGAGGAAAUGGGAACUUUCCCGAUGCUGAACUACUCAGUGCAACUCGUAGAGCCGUCGGACCACGAGUUAUUCCGGAAAAUGACGACGAUUCGUCAAGAAAACAAGACAAAAACCGUUAAAUAAAGAAGCUAGUCGACUAUUCUGCAGUUUUCAACUGCAGAAACUUGAUUUUUUACUACGCUGGUCUGCAUGUUUAUCAGAAUCCGUAAUUUUAAACGUGCCAACGUUUAGCAACGCGAAUUCAACAUGUGCCUUUAUUGGAUUUUUCCGUUUCUUUUGGUAAACAAACAUUGAAGAAUUAGUCUCUUACAAAACACACAUGUUUUGGUUAUAUCAGAUGGAUAACAGACGCAUUGCUCUCUCAGGAAAGCGUAUAAUCAAUGCCUUUAGAUUAGUAAAUAGUGCGAUGUUCUUGUGUAUCUGUUUGUCAUAUUGUCUGUUAUUGUCUAGUUGUUAAGGAAACCACAGAGGGGCUAGACUACCUGGGAUUAAAAGGCUUCCCAUGCCUUACGAAAUACCAUGCAUUUCAACCCAGGUUCUCAGUCAACAAUCUUUUCGUUUCUAUUUUGACGAACUAGAACAAAAUUCGCGGAAGUUAAGAAUUGGAUAUAGUUGCAGUCUGUAGGCCCCCUCCAGGUUUCUAAGUAUUUAUAUCCUGCUUUAAUCCAAAUGGUAAGAGAUAUAUUUCAGGAGAAGGUCGAGAAAAACCUUACUCCCCGUGGUAUGUAAUCGUAAUAGGAAAGUGGCUGAUUUUUAACCGCCAACUGAGAUUAGAACGAUUACAACAAUUCAGGUUUACUUAUAUCAGUCUAUUAGCGGGAUGGAAAUGAAACACGAGUUUAAACCAGUUUGUCGACUAUUGUUGGAGUAGAUAUGCCAUUAUUAACAAUAUGAGUGCGGUAUCAGGACUGAUUGGUUUAACUCGAGCAGUUUUGCUUAAAUCAAGCCGAGGAAAUUUGUGUUUGAAUUAAAAUUAGAGGAAGAAUCAAAGCCACUCGUCACAGCCCUGGUCUUAUCCCGGGUCGGUUGUAUGGUUUUGGUGGGACAUGAUUGGUUGGGUUAGUAUCAUUUUACGGCUUUGUUCUUUGCAGGAAGAGUUGGGUUAAAAACUAUUUGUAGACUAAAUAACAGUGUAAACUUAGCCGGGACUUCUGAGAAGCAUAAGGUGGCUGUAAAUACUUUUCAUUGAGGACUGUUUUCUUGUGCAUGCAAGUACGUUUCCUUUGCUGGCUGCGUAUGUGGAUAUCGAGAGUUAAAUCGGUCGAUGAUUAAAGAAAUGUUUUUAAA